AGUGCGGCCGCCGAGGGAUGCUGCGGGAAGGUGCUGCCAUUUGCAGCCGCCUGGGCGAGUGGCUCGGUGAGGGGGGGCCCCGCUCCGGCAGCCACCCCGCCGUCCUGCCUCUCUCCCGCGCCCCCGCAGCCCUCGCGAGCAGCCCGUUCCCGUCUCCGGCCUCUCCUUCUCCUUCCCCGCGAGUCGCUGUCCGUUCAGCACCACCAUGAACCCUCCUUCCACAGCCGGCGAGGAGAAGGGCGCUGCGGGAGGCAGCGGCAGCGCUUGCCGGGGAGCCGAAGGCGGCGGGGACCCUAAGAGCGCACCGGCUGAAGCAUCAGACCCAGGGGAGCCUGGACUAGCCGGUCAGAAGGAAGAGUCCCUGGAGGAGAAGCUGAAGAGUUUAACCUUCAGGAAACAGGUGUCCUACAGGAAAGCAAUCUCUAGGUCUGGCCUUCAACAUUUGGCUCCCGUUCAAAACAUCAACAUUGCCAUCUCAAAUGGACCAGUAAAGGAGCCAAGAAUGGCACUGGAAUGGAGCGAAAAUGCAGUGAAUGGUGAGCAUCUCUGGUUGGAGACCAAUGUUUCCGGGGACUUGUGUUACUUGGGGGAAGAGAGCUGCCAAGUCAAGUUCUCAAAAUCAGCUGUUCGAAGAAAAUGUGCUGCCUGUAAGAUCGUAGUCCACAAUGCAUGCAUGGAGCAAUUAGAAAAGAUUAACUUCCGGUGCAAGCCAACUUUCCGAGAAGGCAGUUCUAGAUCUCCAAGAGAGAAUUUCGUUCGACAUCAUUGGGUGCACAGGCGGCGGCAGGAGGGCAAGUGUAAGCAGUGUGGAAAGGGGUUUCAGCAAAAAUUCUCCUUUCACAGUAAAGAGAUUGUGGCAAUCAGCUGCUCAUGGUGCAAGCAGGCGUUUCACAAUAAAGUCACCUGCUUCAUGCUGCAGCACAUUGAGGAGCCAUGUUCCUUAGGGGCACAUGCGGCUGUCAUUGUCCCGCCCACCUGGAUCAUUAAGGUGAAGAAACCUCAGGUGGUCUCCACAUCAGGAGACGAACCUGAUUGGGCAGGAGACUGGAGCCCCGGAAGGAAAACGGGCGUCUCCUACCUGAAUUGGGAGGGUUGGCAGAAUUCUCUGAAAAAUUCAACCAGGAGGAAGAAGAGGACGUCUUUUAAAAGAAAAGUCAGCAAAAGAGGCAAUGAGGAGAACAAAGGCCGACCAUUUGUGAUAAAGCCUAUCUCUUCCCCACUCAUGAAACCAUUGCUUGUAUUUGUGAAUCCAAAAAGUGGAGGGAAUCAGGGUACUAAGGUUCUCCAGAUGUUUAUGUGGUACUUGAAUCCACGCCAGGUUUUUGACCUCUCUCAGGAAGGGCCAAGAGAUGCGCUUGAAUUGUACAGAAAAAUGCCAAAUCUGCGAAUUCUCGCCUGUGGUGGGGAUGGAACAGUGGGCUGGAUCCUUUCUAUCCUGGAUGAGUUACAGCUGACCCCCCAGCCUCCUGUCGCUGUGCUUCCACUUGGCACUGGGAAUGACCUCGCUCGUACCCUCAACUGGGGUGGGGGAUACACAGAUGAACCUGUUGCAAAAAUUCUCUGCCAUGUAGAAGAUGGGACCAUUGUCCAACUGGACCGCUGGAAUCUCCAGGUGGAGAGGAACCCUGAUUUGCCCAAAGAUGAACUAGAGGAUGGAGCACGGAAGCUUCCCCUCAGCGUUUUCAAUAAUUACUUCAGUCUUGGAUUUGAUGCCCACGUCACAUUGGAAUUCCAUGAAUCUCGAGAAGCAAAUCCCGAGAAAUUCAAUAGCCGCUUUCGAAAUAAAAUGUUUUAUGCUGGGGCAGCCUUUUCAGAUUUCCUUCAGCGAAGCUCCAGAGAUUUAUCCAAACAUGUGAAAGUUGUGUGUGAUGGCACAGACCUGACCUCAAAGAUUCAGGAGCUGAAAUUCCAAUGUAUAGUGUUUUUAAACAUACCCAGGUAUUGUGCUGGCACAAUGCCCUGGGGGAACCCAGGAGACCACAGAGAGUUUGAACCUCAGCGACAUGAUGAUGGCUACAUUGAGGUCAUUGGAUUCACCAUGGCGUCCUUGGCUGCUCUUCAAGUGGGAGGCCAUGGAGAAAGGUUGCACCAGUGCCGAGAGGUGAUGUUGCUGACGUACAAGUCCAUCCCCAUGCAAGUCGAUGGGGAGCCUUGCCGCCUGGCUCCUUCCCUUAUCCGGAUUUCCCUGAGAAAUCAGGCCAAUAUGGUGCAGAAGAGCAAGAGGAGGACAUCCAUGCCUUUGCUCAAUGAUAUCCAUAAAGUGCACUCUGGUGACCUGAGAAGAGUCUCAGCUCCCCCUGAUUCCUUCACCAUCCCCCACUCCGUCCCAGAACGCCUGCGGAUCAGAGUGAACAGAAUUGGUUUGCAAGACUAUGAGGGGUUGCACUAUGACAAGGAAAAACUUCGGGAAGCUUCCAUUCCUCUGGGAAUUAUAGUAGUCCGCGGAGACUGUGACCUGGAGACUUGUCGAAUGUAUGUGGAUCGCCUGCAGGAGGAUUUGCAGUCAGUAACUUCAACAACACAGAGAGUUCACUACCAGGACCAGGAAAGUUCUUUUCCAAGAGUCCUGUCAGUUCAGAAACUUUCUCCUAGAUGGUGCUUCCUAGAUGCAACUUCUGCAGAUCGCUUUUACUGCAUCGACAGAUCUCAGGAACAUUUGCACUUUGUGACUGAAAUUUCGCAGGACGAGAUUUUUAUCCUGGACCCAGAGCUGGUGGCAACACAACCGGCAGGAACUCCUCCAGGAAUGCCUGAUCUGGUAGUCGAGCAGGCCUCUGGAAUAUCAGAUCGGUGGAACCCUGCAGUUCGAAAGCGCAUGCUGAGUGACAGCGGCCUAGGGAAGAUGUCCCCGCAUUACGAGAUACCUGAAAAACAAAAGGAGGCCAGCCAGACGCACAUGCUGCAGUCUCCGGUUUCUACAGAAGACCAAGCACUUUUACAGUCAGUAAUAGCUGGCGAUUUUCUAAAAUUCAUAGAAUGCUGUAAAAAGGGAGCUAAUUUGUUAAUCCAGGGACCUGACCACUGUUCCUUGCUUCACCACGCAGCCAAGACAGGGCACGGUGAAAUUGUGAAAUAUAUCCUAGAGCAUGGUCCUUCAGAGUUACUGGAGAUGACAGAUAGUGAAACGGGUGAGACGGCACUGCACAAGGCAGCCUGCCAGCGCCACCGUGGUAUCUGCCAACUAUUGGUAGAAGCGGGAGCAUCAUUGAGGAAAACAGAUUCCAAGGGUAAGAUGCCUCGAGACAGGGCCCAGCAGGCUGGGGAUCUGGAUCUAGCCUCAUACCUGGAGGGUCGGCAGAACUGCCAGCUGGUUCCCCAUGAGGACUUAGAGACUGCAGUGUGAUGUCUGUGCUGUGGGGGAGAAAAUCCUAGGAAAUCACAAGGCUGCACCUGAGGUGCUCGGGUGUCAUGUGAGGAAGAAGCAGACAGAAUCGACGCAUCUCUCGCUCUCGUGGAAACUAUCUGAGGAGGUGCCACCAGUUUCUAAGGGCUACUGGGACUUGCCACGGAACUCUCAUGUUUCCAUUUGUUAGCCUGUGGGGAUAAAGGAGGCGACUCAAAGGUCUGUGGAAUCUAUGGGCCAAGGAAACUUCUUCUUAUUGCUCUCAGCAAGUAGCAUGAAUGUCUCCCAUAUUUUCUGUAGAAUUUAUUUGAAGAAUAAAGAAAUGGUGCAGGGGAGGAAACAAAGUAACGUGAAUAUUCAUAAUCCAGCCAAACCUUUCCGUCCUCCAUCUACUUGCCACGGAAUUCUCACGUUCCCUCAUGUUAGCCCUACAUUCCUUCUCCUUCAAUCUUGUGCUCUGCAUCCCUUCAGUCUCCACAGUUGCCCAUAAGUAAAAUGGUGUCUGUUUACCUCUGUGCUAAGUCUUCAUGGCUGCCCAGGAUGUAGCCAGUUCUUUGAGGAGAGCUCUGGGUGCCCUUGGCAAAGCUACACCUUUUUAAUAAUGAUAAGUUCACCUCAUGUUCUUCAGAGCUUGCAUUGCUAGAUAGUUGCCUUUCAUUUUGAACAGAUUUCUUCUUCUAUCUUAUGUAAGAAGCAGCAUCAUAAUCCAUCACAAAGAAGGGAAGAAGAAGGCUUUUCUGGUAUGAAUUUGAGAGUAUAAAGGCCAUUCUGAAAUAGUGGGCCUGAAAGAAACUGUCAGAUAACCAUGAAUGUUCACAGCUUCUCUGAGAAAAGCUGGUAGUCUUCAAAUUCCUGUGGUAAAAUUCCUCAGAUACAUAGUCUGAAGAGGAAGCUCUAAUUUUGCUACAAACUUUGCUUUGGGCAAAAUCCGGGGACUAUCCAUGGAUAUGUGGAAUUCACCUCAGAAAUUGUGUUCAUCAUAUUCAAUUCGGUGGCAGAGCUAGUAAGAUGCUUCAGUUACCUCUCUCUGCUGCUCAUGAAAGGCUGCCUAUGCUUAGUCCUGAUUGAAUCUUGUCUGAAAUUAGCCAUAUCUUGGUACUUGUCAGAAUAAAAAUUUCUAGCUGGAAGAAAACAUUACGACACUGAGAAAUAGAGAAGUUAACCCAAUAAUUUGGGGGCAAAUAGCUGUCCCUCCACUGUUUUCUCUAAGGCUUUGCUUUGUUGUGGUGAGGCGUGAUAUGGUGUCUUCUCUCGAACUUUCCUGUCCCUAGGGGACUACAGUAUAUAUUUUAAAGAAAAUCUGGUCCUUCACGCUUUUACACAAAGCAUAUGGUGUUAAGGAUUCCCAUAACUGCCUCAGAAACAGAAUUUUUCAACCUGAAGUGGCUGGCCCAAAUUGUAAGGCCCAGUCUAGGACAACUUCAAGAUGCUUGGUUAGUGUGAAUCAAACACACUUGCAUCUUGCCACUGGUUGAAGGGGAUGACUGCCAUUAAUUUGGACAUGAGACUGCAUGAGACAAAACACCCACCAAGGUUUCAAACUCCAGCACUGGAUCAGUUCUGUUCAGUACACUCUAGGCCAUUCUUUGAGGCAUGAGUUGACCUGUCCCAGUGCAGAUGGACCUCAGUUAUCUAUAGAACCCUCUGGGCAGCUCACUUUAGCUGUUUUCCACAGAUCCUUCUGAUCUUAUGGGGACCUUAAAAGGUGCCAAUACUCUGUCCCAGGUGAAUGUGGCCACUGUAGCAUUUGUAACAAGUGGGCAUGACUCCCCUGGUAUCCUAAAGGUGAAUUGAUUGCCAUAGUACCAGCUGUAUUGGCACAACCCUACAUGCUCAGUAUCUGGUAGUUACCUUUAUAGUGGGAUUGCAAUUAACAGGAAGCAUGCUUGGGUCAACUUAACAGGCACGAGAUGGUUCUAUAGCUAUGUUGGCACAAGGUGCUCCAUCCAUGUGCCAUCUCAGCUAUAUAUUUGUAUAGCACCAAGAUGGAAAUGAAUCAAAAUAAUCCGGGGGCUGCUCUAGCACACGACAGCUGACUUUUCAAUCCUUUGUGGUUUUGAUUUCCCAGUAAGAGUAGCCUAACUAGAUCUCGGCUUCGCUUUGCAUCCUUUUCAGUCUCUGUAUCCGGGAUCCUAUGAUCAUUUGGCCCAUUAAUUCUUUUUUCUGCUGCAAAUGGGAAGUGAUGCCAGUAGCAGAAUAAUGGCAUUGUGUGUGUUCUUUGCAGAGACCACCUCCCUUUGCACAGACAGAUGUGCACACACACACACACACACACACACACACACACACACACACACACGGAGCUCAGUCAGGGGCAGUCAAUGUAUGACAGAAACAGAGUCCAGUGCGAAAGCUGGAACAGAGAUUUGGCAUUUAAUUGCGCCUUUUAAUAUUCAAGGUGUCCUGAAGCACUUCGCAAAAGCCAUGUGUCAGCGAUUAGCAGGCAGCAUAUUGACUGUGAGCAAGAUAGAAUGACUAUUAUGCUCCUGAAACAGCUUAAAGGCAGACUAGGGUAUCGGAAUUUGCCUCUUCUCCAAAGAGGGGAGCAGUGUUCCCUCUAACAGGGAUUCCCAGAUGUUGCUGACUACAACUCCCAGCUUCCCCAGCUGCAAUGGCUUUUGCUUGGGAAUUCUGGGAGUUGUCAUCAACAACAUCUGGGAAUCCAUGUUAGAGGGAACACUGGAGGGGAGAUGUUAGGCCAAGAGGAUCUCUUUUCCUGCAUCAACAGGACCAUAAACGACAAGGCCCCAAAUACAGCAUUAUUGGACCUGAACCCCGAGUCCAUUUAGUACAGUGUCAUUCAAUUCCAUAUUCUACAGAGGAAGUGCCCAGGACCACGAGUUGUUUUUGCACUAUAGGUGAGAACCAACUCCCCACAGUGUUCGUGCAGUUACACAGCGAGACAGUCAUCUGUAGUGUCUGUCCAUGUGAUGAGGAUGUUACCAGUCAUCCGAUUUUCCUACAACUGCAUGGAAGUGUGAGGAACAUAGGCCAUGUGGAGUGCUCCGUAUGAUAUACGUGGAUACUACAGGCAGCUCCAUGUACACCAGGGGCUACAAUGGAACAAGGAGGGAGAAAUGUCCCUGGGCGCCUGAGGGAGGGGCCCCACGGGCUGGAUGACUGUCUGCCCUUUGCUCUCCCCCUCACACAUAUCUGAAGAAGGGUGAGGGGAGGGGCCCAUUUUCACGUUUUUGUCCAAAGGUUCAGUCCAUCCUUACUCGGCCUCCUCACAUACACCCUAUUAAUUUACCACUUCUAUCUACUUCUCUACCUAAUUUAUCUCAUUUAUAUCCUGCCCUGUCUCCAAUGAGCUCAGCAUGCAGUUUUCCUGCAAUUCAUUCUUCCAGUCCAAUCCAGUUUAUUGUAUAUGACUAUAAGCAACCCUAGGGCAUAUACGCAGCCCAUGAUUACCCAGUCAAAUACAUGGCUAAAACAGGAUUUGAACCCAGGUCUCACUACAUCAUGCUGGCUUUCAGUGGGUAGAUUACUAUCUGAUUCUCCCUGAAUUGUGCUCCCCUGAUGGCAUAGCGAUGCGGCAUUUUUGUGACAGCUUAGGUACACUAAAUGAGCAUUUCUGGUCUCCCUACUGAACCCAGCAGAGCACAUGGAACAAGCUAUAUAGAGAAGUGUUGUGUGGAAAGCUUACAUGCAUUUCAGUUCUAUUCUAGUCCAGCUUCCUAAAGUCUGAACCAGCAGUGUGAGAUGCUGCUUCAAGCCAUGGAAACAUGGCUACUAGUCACACCCAUCUCUAGGCUAAAAAAAGCAAAAAUGAUACAUGCAUGUACCAUCGGUGGCAUGCUGAGUUGGUCAAAGAAUCUUCAGCAUACCUCCAGACCCUUUUAAGACCCUUGAGAAACCCAGGGACAGAAUGUCAAUUUGAGCUUCUCCGCUUUCUUCUCUCUAGCUGACACAUCGCACAGUAUGCAUACGCUGGAACACUGUUGCACUAGUGCAAAAAUGGUGCAAACAGUAUAUAAUGGCUGUGCUGGUUCACAACUCCAUUUUUACAGUCUUUGCAUUGUGAAACCACUUUUGCACACCUGUGCAAAUAUUGCAUUCCACCAUGUGUGUGUAAUGUUGCACAAUAUGUCAGCCACUGCAUUCCGCGUCAAUGUAAUAAUCCAAAAUACUGAAACCUCUCUUGAUCCUGGGGUUAUAUGUUAACUGAUUGGUUUUUCUGCCUUGAAUGAAAAGGAUCAAUCUGAUCAUUUCAAAUACUAAACCAUACUUUGGAUGAGGGCCCCUCCAAGUGUGACGCCCGGGGCAAUUGCCUCUCUUGCCACCUCCAAUACCCCAGAAGUCUCUGGCAUUCUUUGAGUGUCCUUUUGAGUAGAGAUACAUUUAGAGUCUUGAGCUUCAGAACAACUGGAAGGUGCAUUCCACUGUCUUGGAAUUGCACCUUGAGCUUCUGAGCUGUUUCAGGCUUAGGACUACCUGAAGUUAUGAGGAUGCAUGUCACGACUCUUGGCUAGCAGCCAGGCCUCAUUAUGUUCUCCAUACAUUUGCCUAGCUUACCCCUUCCUUCCUUCUUUUUUUAAAGUAGUGGUAAUUAUAGCUAUAAUUGCUCCAGUUUUUGGGCAACUUCACUGAGACUAUUAUGGAGGCAGCAGGCUGUAGACUGAUUCUGAAUGGCGCUGACAAACCGCUGUUCCAUUGCAUGUUCAUGCAUCCUUGAAUCUAGCUGAUCCUGCUCUGUCUCUGUAUUAGGAAUGUUGUGGUUGUGUGGUGCCCUUCCUAAUUUUGCAUUAUUGAGUAGAUUCCAACAGCCAUUGUUUUUUCCUCCUGGCGUGCACUUUUAAAAUCACUGAGGAUUUCCCCCUACAAAUUACAAAAUGACAACACAGAAGGUAGCGCCACAUCAGAAUUAACAGGCAACCCACAUGUACAUAAUGUGCAUGGUUUCACAUGCAGGUUUUUCAUUCCAUGUAAAUGAUCCAGAAAGCUGUGACUGCCCAGCUGCUUAAACACUAAAGUCUUUUCUGGUGCAUCCUAUGCAGAGUUGGGAUAUACCUGAGCUCGGUUAUUUCAGCGGGCUUAAGCGUGUCCCAUAGCAUUAGAGUGGGAAUGAAGAUCUGUGUGCAUGAAUGGGUGUGAUAAUUGCUGAUAAGUGAUGAUCUGGAUGUGAGUUGCACAUUAAGUCCUGUAUGAUGGUGUUUCCUCCUUCGUAGGAUGUUUCUGAUAUGUGAAAUGGCUUUGAGUGGCAGGAAUAAGAGGCAUUUGACAGUCUGAAGGGUUUUGGAGUGCAAUAGAUUCUGUCAGUGUCAUGGUUUCAGGAAGGUUUUAUGCCUUGUAUAGAGGCUAGAAAUAAAUGUUUUAGGAGCUACCAAAAGCAACACAUCUCCGCCUUUCUCCCAUGAUAACAGCUAGUGAAUGAAAAAUGUGUAGCAUGACAUCACAUCAUUGGAUUGUAAAUGGUCGUACCCCUGUCCUAUUUCUUUUGCAAGGGCAGUAGAAACUCACAAUGUGAUGAUGUCAUGCGACACAUUUUUAAUUUCCUAGAUGUUAAUAGGGAAGAGAGGAGGAAGAGGAGAUGCAGAGUUACUGCUUUCACCAGCCAAUGUAGUCCUGUUCAGACAACUGAACAGAUGUACACUCUUUUAUCUUGUGCAAGUGUACAGAUACCUGUACACGUUUGUGUGAAUGAAUGUACCUGCAUUCAUUUUAAAAGUGAACCUGGAUACAGGCCUCUCCAUUACAUUAUUUUAUUUAUUUGAUUUCUACUCCGCCCUUCCAAAAAUGGCUCAGGGCAGUUUACAUUAAACAUAUGAAUUACAUGAUACAGAUAGGAAAUAUAACUGUGUUCAACAUAACAUAUGAAUAACUGUACUUAGUCCCAUUCACAUGUUAUAGUCAACAUACAUAUAACGAGUGUACAGUGUACACAGGUGCAGAUGUGUACACAAGUGCAGUCAUUCACAUGUUAUUCUGAAUGCAAGUACAGAAGAACACUUCCUGUCUGUAGCACACAUUUGAAAGGCCUGUAUCCAGGUUCAUUUUAAAAAUGAACAUGGGUACAGUCAUUCACACAAACACUUGUACAGCAUAAUGUCUGAACUGGGCUCUUGUGUACACAUAUAUGUGUGUUCAACAUAAGAGGACUAGUGUGAUGAACAUAAUGUAUUGAACAUUACACCCCUCCUGAUAACUUAGGGUUGCUGCACUUAACCAUUGGAUAUUUGGCAGAAUACAGGCUCCAGAAGAAGGGGCUUAAACCCUCCAAAGAUUGGCCAAGGAACGUUUUCUCCCUAAUUUCGCCCCCAAGAUGAUCAGGCAAAAAGACUGCUAUUGUAGUCAAGGCUGAUUGAGAAAAGAGAUGACUCAGCAGUUGACUUGCAGAGCUUUAUUUGCUAUGUUUUGGAAGCAAAGUUUAGCUGUGAAGGGAGGAACUGAGAUAAAGAGAGAGAGGCGAGAGAGGGGGAAAGCCGGUUCAGAUGAUAAAUUCUAGCAAACCUACAGAAUCACCUGGAGAGCAGCAUGGGCACCCAUGCCUUCUCCCAACCCAGCCUUGUUGUUCCACCACCACCACAUUAUUGCUUGGUGAAGGGACUUCUGAACCACCUUUCACAGAUGAUUUCAACAGUAGCAUUUAGACCACACAGUUAGAGGUGGUUUGGACAUUCUGUCCCCCACAUGCUCAUGGCAGUGAGGCCAUGAGACAGGUGAAGAGACAAAUGUGUCCAUGCUCCUCUCCAUGUGAUUUGGUGGGUAUGGAUAUAUCAUCCAAAAAAGCCCAUUGAGAAAGGCAGCUGAGGUACAUUGUGGAGAGCCCAAGCCCUGAAUAGUGAAUGUCUAAUUCUGUAAUAUUUAUUUUGGACCCCUUUUAAUUUGUUUUUUCGUUUAACACUGGGCCCUUUUACAUCCUGCUGUUACUAUUAGAAAUAGAACAGCUGUAUAAUUUAAGUGCCCAGGCCUAUGCAUGUUUACGCUGCCAGUCUGUGAAGACAAUACUGAGCUAGAUAGACCAAUGGUCUGACUCAGUAUAUGGCAGCAUCCUAUGUUCCUAUGUACAUAGAGGUAAGUCUCACUGAGUUCAGCAGGAGCUGCCCCCUGGUACAUGUGCAUAGGUUUUCAGCUAUCUAAUUAAAUAGUGGUCCUGAUCUCAGUUAGUGCAGAGUAUAUUGUGCAAUCUACAGAUUGGAGGGAGGCAAGGUAGGCCCUAACACAAUAUACCCGGGGAAGGGGGGAAAACACCACACACACAAAAUAAACCCCAGAGUAGAUAAAAUGCCACCUGCUGUUCCAAUAAUAAAUCGAAAGAUUUAGCUUUCUCCAAAGACCUCACUUUGUUCCCUCCUUCCUUGUCUGAAGCAAAUAAUAUGGCUAUAUCAUACAAAGUAUGUACCAUAAUUGAAUUCCAUAAGUGUUCCUAAUUUUUACUAUGAUCAAUUACUAGUUGUUAGGUAUGCUUCCUUUAAAAAAAAAAAAUCAACUGUAUGCACAAUUGUGAUAAACUCAUUUUUACAAUAUUGAGUGUGAUGGAGAAUGAUAUUAUUUGCCCAUUAAACAGAUGUUAAAAUACACCUGAAAAGUAGACAACAUGCAUCACAUCUGGACCACCUUAACCCCACCCCCAAUCUCCUUAAAAACACUUCCAGGGUCCUUGUGGCAGAAUGCUUUGGGGUCUCUGUGUGUAUGGAUGUAUCUUAUUUCAGUUUCCUUAUGAAACAGAAAUCUGUUCCUUAUGUGACAGAUGACUUUUCAUAUGCCCCUGCAAAUCUUCCAAGACCGAGCUGACCAAUAGCAAGCCAAGCUACACCCCUGGAAUCCUCAGAUGCCCUCACAGUCUUGGGCAGAGACAGGAGCCAUCUCUAUGCUUGAGCAGUCUCUGUUUCUUCUCCAUUCCCAUUGCUCAGGGCUGAGUUUCAUUUUAUUUAUUUAUUUUGUUGUACUCAAGUUUGCAUGCUCAAGUCCAUGUGCCUUGUCAAAAAUAAAGGGUGCGUGCAGGGCAGGCGCCAGCAUAACUGGACAGCUGCUGAGGAACCUGGGAUCUCAGAAGGGCCCACUGACGAUCCCUAAGACAUCUGAGCCUGUAGUUGUAGUGGUGGCAGAGUGACUCUCCUGGGGCCACCCAGGUAGGAGAGGGCCCAUGGAGUACAGUUUGCUGGGGGCAGGGAGGGAAGCUAAAAACUGGAGGCAGCCUUCAUUGUAUGAUUUUUUUUUUUUUGGCAGCAUUCCCUUGUAAAAUGCACACAAAUGGAAAAAGAUCAGCUCUCCCCAUUGAUAUACGAAGCUGACAAAUACACACAAAGAGAGGCCCCUUUCACCGGUGGCGUGCAUUCUGUACUGGUCAUAUGUACUCUGGUGCAAAAUGUCAAAUGAGGAUUGGCCCUUAGUGACUGCAUGCAUGAUCAUCAGUUGGGGAGAAGAUCUGUGGUGGCGGCCCUGAGCAGUGCUCCAUGUUCUUGUGUGGGGCUGGAAACCCACUUGAAUGAAAUGUAAGCAAUGUGAAUUAAGUUCCAUGAUCUCUUUGCUUUGGUUGGCUUUUACAAAGCUGGUGUAUUUUGAAUGAUAAUGCACUUAAGAGCAAUGGUAGGAUGUAGUGUAUAGCCAUCUCCAAAUCUGGCCUGGUCAGGAACCGGAUGGUGUGAAAUGUUACUCCUGGAUUAUAUUUGCAUUUGGUUCCAUUGUAAUUCCUAAAUUGCUGUCCCAUUCUACCGUAAAUCUGGGGCACAAUAUUUCAUGUUAUCAAUAAAUCACAAUAAAUGUGAUUUUCUUUUGGAAAAAAACCCCACGUUUUCAUUGCUUAUUAUUCUUAUUAUCCUUAUUAAAUGUUAUUCAACGUU